UCUAGAUCUUUCACAACCUGGCUCCAAUUUUUUUACUAAUUGACUGACUUGUCCCUCUCUCCGACUGCCACAUUGCGUUCGCUUCACUUAUGAGGGGUACUGUUUCAUAUUUGGUUUGCUUUAGCAACAGUCGUUCUAUACAGCGGUUACAUUCGUUCAUGCCUCUGGGGCUUUGUCACAUGGGCCGUAUGUAGGCGGCAAUUCCUGCGACCAUCCGAUUCCUUCUAGCACCCCCUCCAUCACUGUUUUUGCAUUCUUUUUUCGUUUCCGCGUUUUACUCGAUCGUUCACCUUUUCUUCACGGAUCGUUGAAAUUAUCGAGGGGUCUUCCCCAUCCAACGUUGCAGGAUGCAGUACGUGCGCAGUAUCAGUGGCUCCGUCUCCAAGACGUGGAAUUCUAUCAAUCCAGCCACCUUGAGCGGGGCCAUUGAUGUGAUCGUCAUAGAACAAGAAGAUGGCACGCUCGCAUGUUCUCCUUUUCACGUCCGCUUUGGCAAGUUCUCGUUGCUCCGUCCUUAUGAAAAGAAGGUGGAGUUCAAAGUCAAUGGGAUCAAGCAAAAUUACUCCAUGAAGCUAGGGGAGGGCGGGGAGGCUUUUUUUGUGUUUGAGACGUCAGAUGAAAUCCCCGCUUCCUUACAGACCUCGCCAUUAGUGUCGCCCACGGGCAGCCCGAGAACCCGUAGCGAAGAAAAUCUCCCGGGCUCUCUCCAAGAACCCGAUUAUCUGGAUCUAGAUCGAUCGUCUUCCAAUGGAAAUGCCAAUGAGCCGAAAAGUCUUCCCAUACUGUCAAGGAGCAUGCGGGCAUCCAGUGAUUUAGGAACAAUGACACCGUUGUCAGGGUCGCCAGGUGACUCCAGUACGAGCAGGUCUCGUCAGGGCUCGUUCGGGGAUGACCCGGAGCCGGGGAAACUGGACCGUGCGGUUUCAGAUGACGUUCUGCUGAGCCAAACGCACCCGAGUGUGGCAGACCAUGCUUAUGGGUCGCACGCAGCAGGGUCGGCCGAUGGUUCUGAUCUGGGCCGUUCUCGAAGCCCACCUCCCUUGUCUCUGGAAGAGGCUGUUUCGCGUGCAACAGCGCUGUCGAAGAAGCUCUCUGGAUCAAAUAUCCGUUCGCAUGUGACCGAGACGGGUGAUCUUAUGCUUGACAUGACUGGCUAUAAAAGCAAUGAGGAGGACGCCCUCCGUGCUGAGGUCAUUGCGCGUAAGAUUCUAUCUGAGGAGCUGGAAGGGUGUUACGACAUUGGUGCCCUUAUAGGGGCCGACGAGCACGGAAACCUGUGGAUCUAUAGCAGUGAGGAAGCAAAGGAAGCCGCUAACCGUCAGGCCGCGUUUAGCUCAAUGAGGCCUGGCUCUGCAAUGAGUGACAAUGCUAUCUCCGACCCCGGGUAUCAUAGUGACGGCGAUAAGUCUGUUCGUGACUCGCCCAUACAGACCCGCCACCAUCGGACCCAAUCUGAUAUUCAGCCGGGUAUCCCUACCCCUCCGCAGUCACCGACACCUGGAGAAACAACUCGCAACUACGCGAAGACUUUACGCCUGACAAGCGACCAGCUUAAGGCUUUGAACUUGAAGCCAGGCGCCAAUGAUAUGUCAUUCAGCGUCAACAGAGCCACUUGUACGGCGACCAUGUAUCUGUGGAACGGAAACACACCGAUUGUCAUAUCGGAUAUUGAUGGUACCAUUACGAAAUCCGACGCUUUGGGCCAUGUUUUGAAUAUGAUUGGCCGCGAUUGGACACACGCUGGAGUAGCCAAGCUAUACACAGAUAUCGUCAACAACGGCUACAAUAUUAUGUACCUUACUAGUCGAUCUGUUGGCCAGGCAGAUACUACUCGCGCAUACAUCUACGGUGUUAACCAGGACGGAUACAGACUGCCCAAAGGCCCCGUUAUCACGAGCCCGGACCGGAUGAUUGCAGCCCUCAGGCGAGAGAUUUACCUGAGGAAACCAGAAGUGUUUAAGAUGGCAUGUCUUCGGGACAUUCUGAACCUCUUCAAUGGAAAAGAGAACCCCUUCUAUGCUGGAUUCGGCAAUCGAUUGACCGACGCCUUGAGUUACCGAUCUGUCAAUAUCCCGUCUACUAGGAUCUUCACGAUCAACUCGAAUGCCGAGGUCUCUCUCGAUCUUCUUAGUCUGAACAAGUAUAAGAGCAGCUAUGUUACUAUGCAGGAGCUCUUGGACCAUUUCUUCCCGCCCGUCAGUCUACUUGUUCAGGCUGGGGGUGAAGAGUACACUGAUUUUACUUACUGGCGUGAACCUCCACCAGAGCUAGCCGAUUUCUCAAGCUCAGAUAGUGAGGAUGACGAAGACGAAGAGGACGAAGAUGACGAAGACGAAGAUGAAGAUGAUUAUGAUGCGGAGCUGAGUGAUGAAGAAGGCAGCGAGGUUGAUGAGGAUGCCGAGGAAGACCUUGGUAACAGCUAUAUCUCACAGGCCUCACUGGAUCUUGCCGAUAGUCAGAGUCACCUAGAAGAUGAUGAGGCGGACGACGAAGGCGCAGACGACGGGCCUAACGUGACCCCAAAACCAAGUCGCUUCGCGACUACUGGUGCUAGCCCCUCUCCCAAACGCUGAGAAUGGCCAGGCCUCCAUACAACAAGUGUAAUAACUAUACGCGGCUUUCAACGCUCAUAGAUACCCUUCCCGGCGUUGACUAUUGUGUUUAUAUGCCUUUCUGGCAACCGAGAUUGGCCCUUGCAUCGUGUGGUGUUACUUCUUUCUUACUGCAUAGUUGGCGUUUAACAGGCUGCAUUGGUGAUUUUCCUGUUUCAUUUCAUAUGCUGAGCGUUUCCAGGUUUCAUGUGUGAUAUACAAGCAGCAGGACAGCCUGCGGUUUUCCAUGGCCGCUGCAUGGUUGCACCCGGAGAUAGACUCUUAGACUAUAUACAUAUAUAUACAUAUAUACAUAA